AUGCACUUCAGCACCGUCACCAGGGACAUGGAAGCUUUCACGGCCAACAGCCUGAGCAGCCUGAACGCCUCCGGGGGGUACCACCUCUCCCCCUCCCCGGGGGACCCGUACGGACAGCAUGAGCCGCCGCACUACGAGCCCUGCACGGCUCAGCAGCACCCGCACCCGCCGCCCCAGCCCCAGCACGGCUACCCCUUCGGCGGGGCGGCGACGGCGGCCGGGGCCAACCCGCCGCCCCCAGGCUCCGCGGGGGCGGCCGCCGCGGCCAAGGCGCCGGUGAAGAAGAACCCGAAGGUGGCCAACGUGAGCGUCCAGCUGGAGAUGAAGGCGCUGUGGGACGAGUUCAACCAGCUGGGCACCGAGAUGAUCGUCACCAAGGCCGGCAGGCGCAUGUUCCCCACCUUCCAGGUGAAGAUAUUUGGGAUGGACCCUAUGGCUGACUACAUGCUCCUCAUGGAUUUUGUCCCCGUGGAUGACAAGCGAUACCGGUACGCCUUCCACAGCUCCUCCUGGCUGGUGGCCGGCAAAGCCGACCCCGCCACCCCUGGGAGGGUGCAUUACCACCCGGACUCCCCGGCGAAAGGGGCGCAGUGGAUGAAGCAGAUCGUUUCCUUCGAUAAGCUCAAACUGACCAACAAUUUGCUGGAUGACAACGGGCAUAUCAUUUUGAACUCCAUGCACAGAUACCAGCCCCGUUUUCACGUGGUCUACGUGGACCCCCGGAAAGACAGCGAGAAAUACGCGGAGGAGAACUUCAAAACCUUCGUCUUCGAGGAGACACGCUUCACGGCCGUGACCGCCUACCAGAACCACCGGAUCACGCAGCUGAAGAUUGCCAGCAACCCUUUCGCCAAGGGAUUCAGAGACUGUGACCCUGAGGACUGGCCCAGGAAUCACAGGCCAGGGGCCCUUCCUCUCAUGAGCGCUUUUGCCAGAUCCCGGAAUCCAGUCUCUUCCCCAGCCCACCAGAACGGGACAGAGAAAGAUGCUGCCGAGAGCCGGCGGGAGUACGAGCGGGAGGCGGCCGGCGGGACGCCGCUGCACGCCGAGGCCGCGCACCAGCAGCUCAUUGAGCUGAUAGGCCACCUUGACCUGAUCGACAGUCGGAGAGCCCAAUCGCAGGAAGCCGCCUCCCCCCCGUCCCGCUCCCCACCCGUCGGCGGGCGCAGGAGGCUGGCCGGGGCGCGCCGGGCGCUUCCCAUGGCGGUGUGA